CGUAGAAACCUCCUGCCGCCACUCAAAGCAUCGACCCGCAGCUCACUAUAUAGAGACGCGGCGACGCAAUCCGUUUCCAACAAGCCAAGGUAGAGCAGCUCCCGCCUAGAGAAUCUAAGCCAUCUCAGCUCAAGCGCCGGCCGCCGUGUUUCCAUAGCCGCGAGCGACGAGGCCUUAAGCGAAGGAAGGAAGGAAUGGCGGGGGCACUGAGCGCCACGCGGCGCACGCGGCCGACGACGGCGCAGUGCAUCGCGGCGACGCUGUUCGCGCUGCUCGUCGUCGCCGCCGCCAUCGUCAUCAUCUGGCUGGCGGUCCGACCCGGGAAGCUGCGCCUCUCCAUCGACCACGCGACGGUCCGCGGCUUCAACUUCACGUCGGGGGGCGCGCUGCAGGGCACAUUCGCCCUCGUCCUACGCGCCUACAACCCCAACAAGCGCUCCGCCGUCUACCGCUCGCUCGACGUCGGCGUGUGGUACGGCGACACGUAUCUGGGCGGCGCCGAGGUGCCGGGGUUCCGCCAGCCGCCGCACAACGAGACGAGGAUCGUCGUGGCGGCCCCCGCGGCGCCGGACGCGCUGCCGCGGGACGUGGAGCGGGAGAUGAAGAAGGACCGGUCCGCCGGGAUGCUGCCGCUGGACGUGCACGUCCGGGGCAAGGUCUGGUUCAAGUACGGGCUGGUGGGUACGCGGCGCUACAAGAUACGCGCGAGCUGUCCGCUGGUGCCCGUCGUCUUCGCCUCGCCCAGCUCCUUCGACCGGGUGUACUGCCACGUGCAUAUCUGAGCGGUACGGGGAGUCCGUCCAUAUUAUACGGUGUGCGUUUGCUUGCGUGGUGUGUUUGGUCUGAGGAUUCGUUUUACUACCUGCUUGGAUUAUUGGUUUGAUUAAUAUACGUGUUGUUCUUACUCAGUCUUCAUUUGUAUUACGAUUGGGUUUGUUUGAUGUAAUUUAAUCAAACCUCCCAUGGACUGUCACACAUUUAAGUGUCAUUUAAUACAACCUUGCUAAAUCUCAA